GCCAUGCAAGAGAGCUUGGUGAGGGAGUAGAGGUAGAGGAAGAGGAAGAAAGAGGGACAUUGACGCUGAGCUGUGGAUACUUUGAUUUCCUGCCCUGUGAUUCUCAUAAGAAAACCUCCCCGAAGAGAUGAUGAAGGAUUUAGUGUUGUUGGUAUGCAUCGUCCUUGCCUCUGCAACUUUCGUACGUGCUGGGUCAAGUGCACUUUUUUCUACUUCAAUCGACUACAAGGUCAAGGAUGCAAGGCUUCCAGGAAAAGACUCUGAAAUCAUCCUUGGAUUUACCUCAAACCAAAAGAUUCAUACCAAUGACCAGAUUCUAUGGAAAAUUCCAGGAUUCGGCGGCUUGCCAAAGUCUGGCCAAAUCGAUUCAGACUGGAUGUUCGAAUGGACUGUCGACGGACUGUUGACUCUGACUGCCCUCAAGAGCAUCAAUGCAGGUGAUGAAGUUGCAGUCACGUUGAAAUCAUCAUGGAGAAUUUCCACACCUAAGAAGGGGAUCGAUCAAGCACUUGGAAAGCAAUUCAUGGUGUCUCUUCAUUCAAAGCAAGAGCCUGUCCACUUGGCAGUGUUCCAUCCAAUCGAACACUGGCCGGGCAUUGCCGUCUUGGGCUGUCACUCGGUGACAAUCCAUUCUUCUGAUGGAUUUUGUGCGGGCGAGUAUCAAGUCAAGAUGUGUGCACAGUCCCAAGAUGAAGUUCGAGCAUAUGUACAAGGACAGAAAUUCACUGAGGCUGCGAGAUGUGAAGCCUCGCUUACUUCAAGCUGCAAGGCAAUCGGAGCUGCUGAUGCUGUUGGAUAUCCUUCUCUUCCUACAGCCACUGCUGUUGAGAAACAGAUGCUUUGUUGUUCUGAAUCGCCAUCUACUGCAUUUGUUGGCAUUGACAACCUGGCGACUUGCAACAUGGACAGUGAAUGUUCUGCUGCUGAUGCAACCAUUCCAGGCUCAGGCAUGCACGGGGCCAAGCUUCCCUCCAAUCCUGUUGUGUCACGAGAAAUGCCGAUGUGCUGCAGCUACUGUGAAGAGUUCUAUGGCACCAUGGGGUGCUCGACACCUACUGGAAAGGUCCUUGGCAGCGAAAACAAGCAAGUCAAAGAUUAUUGCCGAAGCACUUUAGGAUGUUCGAGUCAAUUUCCAUGCUACGGACGUUCUGUGAGAUCCAAAGGAAUGGAAUUGAAAACAUGCGCUGGGGACUGCGAUCAUCAUUUGAACAUGUCGAUUGUGAAUGGGCAUGGGAUAUAUCUGAAGAAGAGGCAUAUUCCUUCAGACAACGAAGCAAGAAGAAUGAAAGUAACCCGUCUGCACAAGCCUUCCAUUCCAAUUCCAAGUCAGGCUUUCGUUGCUUCUCCAGUGUUGAAGUUUCAUCCAGCGGGCUUGAACUUCACAGGUGCAGUAACCCUCCAGAUUGCUGUUGAUAUGGAUGCGGAUGCCAAAUUCUCCAGCAGCGAGAAGUUGAUGAUACAUAAGGCUGUUGGAUCCACCUGGAAACCAGUUGCUGGGGCAAAUGUCGUCAUUGUCAAGCUUGGGAACGGCAAGCACAGAGCAGUGGUGACUUCACCCAUCACGGGAUUCUCUGAGUAUACCGUCCUGCGAUCGACAGCCAUCACUGCGGGGCCCGUGAAGAAGGAAGCAACAAGCGCGGGGAUGGAGGUGUACAUUUGCAUUCCUAUUGCGGGCUUCCUCCUCCUGAUGAUCCUGGUGGUGGUCUUCUUGCCGGCGAUCCAUCGUGAGCCUCCUUACGUGCCUCCCCCCACGAUCCCAAAACCUCAGCCGGUGGUGCAGAGACCGAUGACUCCUCCUCCUCCACCGCAGCCUCAGCCGAAAGUGCCUCCUCCUCCAGCUUUGCCUCUUCCCAAACCACUGUAUGAGCAAGCAGCAGAGCCAGUCAGGUUUCACCACGGCGCUCCCAUCAAGCACUUCGGACCUGUCAUCUGGAACUCUGAAGACAUGGACUGGUGGACACAAGAGCAAGCGAAGCAAGAAUAUAAAUUCCCGAAGAUGCCAGCCUUCACUGACGAGUCUGGCUCCGACAACAGGAAAUCUAACGGCAAGUGAGGAGGUUAAUGCACGAGUGUUAGUGCUUCAGGUUAGUCAGUUUCCGAAGUUCUAUACUUCUUGAGAUACAUAUAAUGCGAUCAAUCAUCAUGGCAUCACUGCUUGUUCAU